AUGAAUGAAACUUGCCAAGAUGGAGGACGCGUUCCAAAAAAUAUGUUCAACACUGGCAGCAUGAAUGGAGGCAUCGCGGAAGGCGCGUGGGACGAUCAUGAAAUUAGGCACUACCAGAAGCUAAGUAGCAAGAAACUUUAUCAACAAGCUCUAGAGGAACAGAUUCGGGAAAAGGAGGCGCGGAGAGAAAAGGAAAAACAGGAGAGGCUGAAAGAGCAGGCGGAAGAACGCCGGCUGUUGGAUGAGGCAUUUCAACAGGAAAAGCGGACCAUGCGGCUGGGACGACGGCCAGCCAAAUCGUUUGAGGAGGACGUCGUAAGUCAGUAUGGAUCGGAAACACCACAGACACCCCACAGUGAGCAGUUUCCUGGCAAUCGCACCACGGGAAAGAAACCCUAG